GCGAAUGUCAAUGUCGUUUCAAUAUCUCUCGUUAGCGUUUCGAUUUUAUGAACGCACUUGUAUAAUCAUACGUCAAAGCUGUCAAAUCUGUCUAUAAAGUACAAAUUCAAUUUGGUGAGAUUUUCUACGCUAAUUAUGGAAGAUUUUUUCUACGAUGAUGAUGAGGAAUACGGAGACUACGGUCUUGAAUAUUCUGAAGAGAGUACUUCAGAACCUGAUGUGGAUUUAGAAAAUCAAUAUUAUAUAGCUAAAAGUCUCAAAGGGGACGAAACACUUGAAAGCUCUGUUCUAGCAUUCCAAAAAGUUCUAGAUUUACAAGGAGAACAUAAAGGAGAAUGGGGGUUCAAAGCCUUGAAGCAAUUAGUAAAAAUAAAUUUUCAACUGAAAAAUUACGACGAAACUAUGAAAAAAUAUAAAGAAUUAUUAGGUUACAUCAAUGCUGCAGUAACGAAGAACCACGGAGAAAAGGCAAUAAACUCCAUAUUAGACUACACUUCAACUUCGAAAGAUAUAGAACUUUUACAAAAUUUUUACGAAACUACUUUAUCAGCCUUAAAAACUGCCAAAAAUGACAGAUUAUGGUUUAAGACAAAUACUAAACUUGGCAAGGUUUAUUUAGAAAUGGGAGAGUUUGCCAAAGUAGCCAGCAUUAUAAAACAACUGAAGCUCACGUGCAAUCCUUAUUUACAUGAAAUUGAUCCACAUAAAGGAACUCAACUUCUUGAAAUAUAUGCGCUCGAGAUUCAGAUGUACACGCAACAAAAAAAUCACAAACAGCUCAGAGAAUUAUACGAACGCAGCCUUAAAGUUCGAUCCGCCAUUCCGCAUCCUCUUAUCAUGAGCGUUAUUAGAGAAUGCGGUGGGAAAAUGCAUCUUAAAUCAGGAGACUACGAGAAGGCUUAUACGGAUUUUUUCGAAGCUUUCAAAAAUUACGACGAAGCCGGUAAUCCACGCAGAAUAAAUUGCCUGAAAUAUUUAAUUCUUACCAGCAUGUUACUAACGUCCGCUAUAAAUCCAUUCGAUUCUCAAGAAGCGAAACCUUAUAAAAACGAGCCGGAAGUAAAGACAAUGACAGAUUUAAUAUCUGCUUUCCAAAAUAAUGACAUGAAGGCGUUUGAGAAGAUAUUUCAGGAAAACAAAGGUAGUUUAAUGGCAGAUCCCUUUAUCCAUGAACAUAUAUCAGACCUAUUGAAAUUAGUUAGAUCCAAAGCUUUACUAUCCUUGGUAAAACCGUACCGUUGUAUCAAAUUGGAUUUCAUCAGUCAGGAAUUGGGUAUCAGUAUCGAAGAGGUCGAGUCGUUGUUAGUUUAUUGUAUCCUCGAUGAGGCUAUAGAAGGACGCAUCGACCAAAUUAAUAAAACUUUGGUUAUGAAUGUUUCUGGCAGUAAUAGUAAAUAUUUGGCAUUGGAAAAACUCACCGAACAAAUUGGGAAGUUGACUAUGACUAUCGGAGACUAA